AUGGAAGAUGAUGACGUUACGAACGUGGAAAUAGAAGAAUUGAAAAGAUCGUUAGACGACAACGUUGAUAAAAAUAAAAUAAUAAAUGAUAUCAUAUGGAAAAAAUUAAAAUCGUUUUUCAAUACCCGAACUGUACAAAUUUCUGAUCCUUUUGGAAUUUUUCAAGGUCGAGCAAAAGGUGGUGAUAAAAUAUUCAAAAAAGGUCACGGAAUGAUGAUGAUGGCGGGAAUGAUGAGUGGAAUGCUAAUGAAAUUGAUAAUGACAAAAAUUGCUUUUAUCGCAGCAAAAGCUCUCGUAGUAGCUAAAAUUGCUCUCGUCAUAACCGUCAUUAUAGGUUUGAAAAAACUUUUCGGAAGUGGCGAUGGCAGUUCAGAGCAUUACUCGUCGUAUUCUUCCGGUGAAGAUUCUGGAAAUUGGCAGAGAAGAUCCGGCUAUGAUAAAUAUACGGAUGGUGCAAGUAUGGCGUAUGCCGCUUAUCGACCGACUAAUCAAUCUUAA